AUGGCUCGCUCUGAUUCGGCGCCGACCAUCCGGAUAGCCGCCGUGGUUCUCGCAUUUCUGGCGACGAGAACAUGGGCCUCCCAGAUCCUCAAGACGGACGGCUUCAGUGAUUGCGGCACUGAUGCCAGCGUCAAGGUCGAAAAGCUUGACAUCAGCUACGACAACAACAACAAGACGGUGAGCUUUGACGUCGCCGGCUUCAGCAGCAAGGAACAGAAUGUCACCGCCGUUCUCACCGUAAAUGCGUACGGAAACCAGGUCUACACAAAGUCUUUCAACCCCUGCGACAAGGCCAAUUUUGUCCAGCGUCUAUGUCCCGUUCCCACCGGAAGCUUUGCCGCCAGGGGAAGUCAGCAAAUCCCCUCUCAGUUUGCCGACAUGGUCCCCGCCAUUGCCUUCCAGGUUCCCGACAUUGCUGCCCAGGCGACGCUGCAGCUGAACAGUCUCGAGGAUGGAAAGAAGGUCGUCUGCCUCCAGUCUCAGGUCUCCAACGGAAAGACAGCGAACGUGCCGGCGGUCCAGUACAUCGCAGUUGGCGUUGCCGGUGCAGCCCUAGUCUUGACUGGAGCCUCUGCAGUCGGUGCGGCGUUGUCUGGUGGUGCAGCGUCGGGUGGGGGAGUCGGCACCAUCUCUCCCUCCUUCACCGAAGUUCUUGGCUGGUUCCAGGGCAUGGCAAUGAAUGGCAUGCUGUCUGUCAACUACCCACCUAUAUACCGCAGUUUCACCAAGAACUUCGCCUUCUCCACGGGUAUUGUCCCAUGGGUUGGCCUCCAAUCCGCCAUCGACAGCUUUCGAGCCAGCACUGGCGGCAACCUAACCUACAACAACGUCCAAUAUCUCAAAAACGCAACGUUGGUCUUUGCCGACGGUUCCACCGCCAGUCCUAACCAGGGUCUUUCGAGGGCGAGGCGUGACUUGACCAACCCUCUCGCCUUGGCGACUCGUGCAAUCGAAACCUCCGUCGGCAGCUCUACGAACAGCUCGGGCUCGGCCCAAAACUCUACUGGUUUUCAGCACACCGUCAAAGGCAUCCAGGCUUACGCAGAGCAGCUCGCCGUGCCCAAGUCCAACAUAUUCAUGACUGCUCUGCUCAUUGUCGCCAUUGUCAUCGCAGCCAUUGCCCUCGGAAUUUUGCUUCUAAAGCUUAUUUUGGAAUUCUGGGCUCUCUUCGGCACCUUUCCCCAGUCACUCGCUGGCUUCCGCAAGCACUACUGGGGGUCCAUUGCCCGCACCAUAACAUCUCUCAUCCUGAUCCUCUACGGCAUCUGGGUGCUCUACUGCAUCUUCCAAUUCACCCAUGGCGAUUCGUGGGCAUCCAAGAUCCUAGCGGCCGUCACACUUGCCAUUUUCACCUCAAUUCUCGCCUUUUUCUCAUGGAAGAUUUGGAGCAUGGCAAGGAAGCUGAAGAAUCAAGACGGUGACACCAGUGCUUUGUACGAAGAUAAGAAGAUCUGGGUCAAGUACUCCCUCUUCUACGACUCGUACAAGAAAGAUUACUGGUGGAUGUUCGUGCCCAUCAUUGCGUACAUGUUCGCCAAAGGCUGCGUUCUCGCAGCCGGAGACGGCCAUGGCAUGACGCAAGCCAUUGCCCAGCUCGCGAUUGAGGCCAUAAUGCUUAUCCUUCUGCUCUGGAGCCGCCCGUUUGAGCGCAAGUCUGGCAACAUAAUCAACAUAGUCAUCGCCGUUGUCCGCGUUCUCUCCAUUGCCUGCAUCUUGGUUUUCGUCGAGCGAUUCGGUGUUAAGCAAUCGACUCAGACCGUUGCCGGCGUCGCUUUGAUAGCCGUUCAGUCGGCACUGACUGGUAUCCUUGCGAUAUUGAUUGCUUGGAAUGCCAUAAACGUUUGCUGCAAGGCCAACCCACACCGCAAGCGCAGAAAGGAGAUGGAGGCACUUCAACGCGACAUGGACAAUCUCACACCACUCGACGCGAGAAAUUCGCUGCUCCUUGGCCCGGGACGAAGCACGAAGGGAUCCAUGUCCUCCACGUCGAGCGGGUUGAAGGAUUUGUCACCAGGCUUUUCAAACUCUCCCGAGCGAUACUACUCGAUGGGAGAGGCGAUGCAACCUCCCCCUGCGCCGUCAGGAGGACCCUUGUAUCGACCACUGACGCCGACGAGAUUGCAAGAGACUCAUAAUCUGGUGGAAAACGCGGCGCCAAUAGGAAUGGGGGGGCCGCAGCCGUUGCUACCGACUGUGGAGAGGGACUAUAGGGGAACGUAUGGGAGGGGAUUCAGCAGUGACCAAGGCAACAGAUCUGGGUACCACCGAUACAAUAACUGA